CUGAGCGCUGCGUGUGUUUUGUCGCUCCUGAAUGGACACGGCCGUCGGCGUUGCUGCCAAAUUGUGAGCUGCUGUGAAAACCCCGUGCGCAGCGGGGAAUGUAGCCCGGACUGCUAAAUUGUGAGACAACUCCGCAUGCGCAGUUGGCGCUAAUGUCCACAAUGAAGGCUAGCUAGCAGACUAGCUGUCUGAAAAUCGUCUUGAAUGUUUUUUCUAAAUAAGUGAUAAUUAGUCGUUGUCGCGUAUGGACUUAUUUGACUAUAUUAAAGCACCACCAACAGCACAGUAUGAUCCACCUUUGUGUUGACGGUGAUCUGACGGGACAAGUGCUGGCCUACAUCAGCCUCCUGCCCAUAGCGAUUCUCGUGGGCUUUGUCACACUCAUGGUGUUUAAACGGGAGCUGCACACGAUUUCUUUCUUCGGUGGGCUCCUGCUGAACGAGGGGGUGAACUGGUUGCUAAAGCACAUUGUCAGAGAGCCGCGCCCAUGUGCAGGGUCCCACACAAAUGUGCCCACAGAGUAUGGGAUGCCCUCCAGUCACUCCCAGCUUAUCUGGUUCUUUGUUGUUUACUUCUUUCUUUUCCUUUAUUUAAGAAUGCACCAAACAAACAACGCGCGAUGUGUGGAUCUGCUGUGGAGACACAUACUGUCUAUCCUCUUGUUAGGAAUGGCCUUAUCAGUCUCGUAUAGCAGAGUUUACCUGUUGUAUCACUCAUGGAGCCAGGUUUUCUAUGGUGCACUGGCCGGUAGUACAAUUGGAAUAGUCUGGUUCAUUUUCACUCAAGAGGUGCUGACACCAUUAUUCCCCAAAAUAGCAGCAUGGCCAAUAUCAGAGUACUUCCUGGUACGAGACACAAGUCUGAUCCCCAACAUCUUAUGGUUUGAAUAUACAGUGACCAGAUCAGAGGCAAGAAACAGACAACGAAAGCUUGGAACAAAACUUCAGUGAUGCACACGCAGAUCUUUUGUGAAACUGAGUGUAGAACUGCUCACACAUUCACACACACGCAUUGUCACAUACACACAACAGAUGCUCAAUCGACAAGAACACACUGGAGAACCAUCUAUUGGACUGACAUGUUUGCAAGGAGCAAAGGGCAAAAAAAAAAACGUUUACAGGUGGCGAAAGAGUGCCUGGACCUGGCCCGGAGCCUACAGCCUGAGCAAGUCCGUCCACACGCCUCUCCUCCUUGUACAGCUUGCCCAAAAUGCUCUUUAAUGCAUGCAAGACUGUGCAAGAGGCAUACUAUUUAAUGAUAGAUUAAUAUAUAUUUUAACUAUAAGCGCACGCUGACAGUAACGGUGUACAGGAGGAGAAUCAAGGAGCCAAAAAGGUGGCGUUGGUCAACGUUUCAAGCAGAUCGGUGAGCGGCGUCAUUGCAGCAUGUAUUUAGUGAUUCCUUUUUUAAUAUUCUAAUGGUUAGCUGGUGGGACACAAGGGUUAUGGUUGGGUUCCAGGGUAUUGGGAAUUAAACGUUAGGCAUUGUUAUAUAAUAUAAAGGAACAAUUUCUAAAAUUGGUUAUGAUGUAAUAUAAAUAAAAAUUUGCACUUUGUAAAAUUAAAAGUAAAAACAACUAACACUAGUUAAAUGUUAAGGCCCCCCCUCUCUUUUCCCUCAUCAGUCUUUGCUUUGUGUCUAUGACUGUCAGUCCUAAUAUAUUAGACUCCAAAGCUACAAGCAGUGUAAAUUUAAUAUACCUUCUGUACUAUUGAGGUUUCUGUUCAUGUCCGCGUUCCUGGAUAAUGACGGUGAACUGCAGCUGCAGGUUUCGCUUGCUUUUUUCGUUCAACACAAUUUGGACUGAGGUGCCUCAGACACGGUAGCAACCUGGGAAAUGACUUCUGGGAAUCUUUUUUUCUUGUUUUUUUUUACUAUCGUUUUCUGCUGUUGUGGAGAACAGUUUGCCCUUUUACCUGCAUUUCUAAGAUAACAUUCCAUAUCAUUUAGUGAGAGAACGUAGACAAGACUGCUGAGGAGAUCUUUUAUUGUUUUUGAAGAAAGGAUUAAAAAAAAAGCCUCAGGUCAGUUGUAGCAUGUGUUUAUGCUUAAUUCCUCAGCCCGUGGCAGCUCAUGUUAAAAGCUGUCCAGGGGGAUCUGAAGCUGGUUCAAAACUCAUAUCAUUAGCGCCACAAAGGGAAGUAGUUCUCUUAGAAUCUAAUUUUUUUUCCAUGUGUAACCUAUUAUCAGGCUGAAUAAAAGUGUGUUUAUGUACAA